GAAGGAAACAAGUAAUAUUUGCUGUAAACCGUUGUUUUUUUUUUUUUUAAGCUCGUGACGGUAAGGACUCUCAUCUGGGACGGUCCUUCUCUCUCUCUCUCUCUCUCUCUCUCUCUCUCUCUCUCUCUCUCUCUCUCUCUCUCUCUCUCUCUCUCUCUUCUUUUCCUCUUUAUUCCCCUGCCCCAGCUCAGCACACUCCGCUCCGCUCUGCGGGAUUCGGCUCAAGACCAUUUGGGACUUUUUGCUCAGCCAGAAACAGACGUCGAGUCAGGCGUUCAUGCGUAUUUAUUCUAAGAAAUAAAGGUAAUAAAUGGACACAAAGGGUAGACCGGGUGAUUUGUGACGCUGCGCACCCGAUAAAUACUCUCAGACAGGUUGAGAAACAGUGGAUACAUGGACGGAUUGCAUCCAGAGCAGAAAUGAAGAGAUUUCUCAUCCCAUUUUUGAAGUCUUGGAUGGUGGGAGGAUUGUCCGACCAAUGCAGGUGACAAAUGAAAGCGGAAUCUAACUGCUUUCCUCGGACAAAGACAUGCAAGCAGCAGGACAUGAGCUCAGGUGGAUGUGAUGAACAGACGCGUUUGGGUUUUGCGAAUAUGGUUCCACCAUCUGAAAUUUUUCUUUUACGAAAACGAAUAAAAGCACCCAUUCUGUGAUGCGUUUCUAUUCUGUAUUAUCUCUGCAUGUAUUGCUCUGUUUCUAAAAAGCAUGCUGAGUGUGCAGAAUAGCCCCAAGUAUUCCAAGAAUUUGGACAGGAGGAAUUUUAUGCACUGCAGUCAAACAAUUAAACAUCCCUUCCUUCUGAAAGCCAACAUCCCUGCCAAAGUAGAAUUUAUUAUAUAGGCUUUUAUUACCAUGCCCGCAGCUCAAGCCCUGUACAUGGGCAUGGAGGUGUUGAUCGCCGUGUCCUCGGUGAUUGGGAACGUGAUGGUGAUUUGGGCGGUUAAGAUAAAUAGGUCACUGAGAGACACAACUUUCUGGUUCAUCGUGUCCCUGGCUGUGGCCGACAUCGCAGUUGGAGCUCUUGUCAUCCCGCUCGCCAUCACCAUCAGUAUCGGGUUCCAGACUCACUUUUACAGCUGUUUGCUGGUGGCGUGCACAGUGCUGGUGCUCACUCAGAGCUCCAUCCUCGCCCUGCUCGCCAUCGCCAUUGACCGAUACCUCAGAGUAAAGAUCCCUACCAGUUACAAACGAGUGGUCACUCCAAGACGAGUGGGAUUAGCGGUAGUAGCAUGCUGGGCAGUAGCCUUCAUAGUGGGCAUGAUUCCUAUGCUCGGCUGGAACAAGUUACACAACCUCCAACAACAAAAUGGCUCGCUUAGCAGUGACGUCAUCAUCACCUGCCAGUUUGAGAAUGUCAUCAGUAUGGAAUACAUGGUUUACUUCAAUUUUUUCAGCUGGGUGCUGCCUCCACUUCUCCUCAUGCUUGGCAUCUACACAGAGAUCUUCUACAUGAUUCACAAGCAGUUGAACAAGAAGGUGAGCACGAGCCACAACGACCCGAACAAGUACUACGACAAAGAACUGAAACUGGCAAAGUCGCUCGCUCUUGUCCUCUUUCUGUUUGCUGUCAGUUGGCUUCCGCUUCAUAUCUUGAACUGCAUCACGCUCUUCUGCCCGACGUGUGAGAACCCUAUCCAGCUCAUCUACAUCGCCAUCUUGCUCACUCACGGCAACUCUGCAGUGAACCCUAUCAUCUAUGCUUUCCGCAUUAAAAAGUUUCGCACUGCGUUCCAAAGGAUCUGGAAGCAUUAUUUCUGCUGUAAGGACACUCCUCCCAUCGAAAUGCAAAUGAGUGAACGAAUAGAUAAGGAUAAUUGCAGUCAUGCUGUUCCACCUGCGUUACCGGUGCAACACAACAACAUUUAACUGGAAUAGCAGGGACUUACUGAGCACGAAGGCAUUCUGCUACAUACGAAUGUAAUAUGAAUGUUAAUCAUAUGCUGACGGCAGGUGUGAGUGCCCUCUUUCUGCAAAUAAUAUUAAACAUUACUGAUCUUCUGUGACGGACACAGGCGAAUGCAGAUCAUGAUGAGGGCAGAAUAAUGUAUGUGUUAAAAGUUGUACAGAAAAUGUUUUAUACUUGUUAAAUACCACUCUACUGUGGUAUGAAGUGUCAAACCACAGUGGGUGUAAAUAAUAUCUACACUAGAUUAUUAGCACCGCUGUACUAUCCAAAAUGUGCAAUACUCCCUAAAACGGUGCAUCAUCUCUUUGUUAAUCAGAAUUAGCUUGUAUCCCAGUACAGUUACUGUAUAUAAAUGAAUUUGAAUGUUUACAGUAGUUUGAUAUACUGAACAUUGAAGUAGUUUGAUAUACUGAACACUAAAGCACAGUUAUCGUAAAACAAUGUUAGGAAUGAUAAAGGAAGAAGAAUUAUAUAUAUUUCAAUUUCACCUUAUUUAUAUACCCUUUUUUAUCAGUAGUCACAAAGCUGCUUUACAGAACUCCUGAUCUAGGCUAAAGCAAAAAACAUUCACAACAAAAAGCCCUAAAGUACGUUAAACCCAUUUAACACCAGACAUGACAUGGCAUGUGCAGCAAGCAACACUCACAUGUGCAGUUUCAAUUCACACUGGGUACAAAUUGUACAGCUGACCAGAAGUGCAGCCUCAUGUGCUGAAGGUGAAAUUUGGAGCGCUUGUUUCUGUGCUUUCUCUGUACCGAUCAUCAGAUUAUUAUGAACAUGCAUUACAACUGUAGAAUUUAUUAAGAUUUUCAGUGCUAUAAAGAAACAUAACACAAGUUUAAACAAGGCAAAGGAAGCCUAGUGUAAGCUAAACCCCAAUAAGUCUAAUGGACAUGACAUUCGUUGAUGCAACGAUAUUACAAUUACUGGAUACUUUGCAUCACUUUACUCUGUAAUAUAUGAAGCAUGUAAAAAAAAUUCCCUACUGAUGUAUAUAGCGUGCAAAUACUUUGAACUGGACAGGCAAACUGCCAUAAACUCUUGCAUAAUGACUUGACCACUAGAUUGAUUCAAAGAAAAACCAUGAGCUUAACAUUUCCCUUUAGCAUGGAUUGCCCUCUUCUCAGUUAAGCCUAAAAGAUUAAUUUGAAUGAAAUGAAAACAAAUGAAAGCUUUUUAUGAUAGCUUAUGUAUAUUCUGUACACACUUAAGCAAAUCCCUUUUCAGUUCCAGUUUAUCGAAUUAACUUAAAUAUUUAGGAUUUGAAUGCCUUAAAAUAUUAAUGUCUAUUGAACAAACAAAGCAUAAACCACAGAAGAUGAAAACUGAAUUGCUUUCUUAAGUAACGAAACUAAGCAGAAAGCAGUGUAAUGAUUUUAUUAGAAUUUUAGUUGUUUAAGAUCAUUUGUCCCCAUAGAGUUUAUUUGUUUUGUCCAAUAGAAAACCACAUGAAAUUUAGUUACAAAAAACAUUCAGCAUUAAUAGUUAAACUUAUGAACAGCCAUCACAAUUCAACCCUGAGGAACCAUUCAGACUUCAAGGGUGUGUGCUGAUGCAGCAGUGUUAUAAGUUGAAACAUGGUUUAUAUGCUAUGUAAAUCGACAUAUACAGUAACUACGUAGCAUGUAUAUUAUAUUUUGUAGUGUUAGAUACGUUGGAUUCUGUAAGAUACGAAAAAUAAAAAAACUGCAGCAACUCUGUCAUGCACACGUACAGUAAGGGCAGUGCAUGCGACGCAGUAAUCUAUUUAGAUCAUGCACUCACUCCUGCUCACUACUUUAUUCACUAUCUUUAUUAUUUGAAAUCAUAAGCUGUGUAUUAUGAUUAUGCGGCCAGUGGUUGCAGAGCAAAUUGUUUGCGCAGUCAUACGAAUUUCACAAAAAUGGGGAACCAGAAUAAACCAAACAUGUUGUUUAAUCGCU